AUGGUCCAUGUCCCCAUCAACAACGGAUUCAACACAGACGAUAACGGCUUCAUUGGCGACGAGCCAGCGACACGAGCGGCGACGGUGGUGGUCUCCUCGGACCCGACGACGGAUACUCCAUCACAGCAGCAAGUGGCCUCGACGGUCCAGCUGCCUGCGGCGCCAGCACGACAGGUGGAGAUGACGUCGAUGGUCAGUGGCCAAGGUCCAGCGAACACGAAGACGAACAGCGACGCAAAUGAUAACGACGAUAGUGCGAUUAGGAGCGCGGGUUGGAGCAACAGAGAUGGCACGAGUAGUGCCAGCAAUUUCGCAACAGCCGCAGACGACACGAUCUACGGUGGCAAUGGACGCUCACCAUCCGAAAGUACCGGAUGCAACGCGGAAAGCGGCCCCAGCGACGGUAGUGCAGCACCUGGCACCAGCGUGGCGUUCUGCAUCACCGCCGGUUCCAGCGGUAGCACGUGA